AGGGCAUAAACAUGGCUGAAGAUGGUUAUCUCCGUGCAGAGCGGAUCAGAGUGCCAUCUUCUGUCUGCUUGAGACACGAUGUGAUGGAGUCUCUAACAUAUAUAAAGCUCUCCAAGGCCUCUUCAUUCCUCCUCCCCGAUCAAGCAUUCAGAACUUCAUAUCUUAACGCUUCUUCAAUCUCCCAACUCCUUAACCACCACCAUGACCACCCGUUACGAGGCAGUCCAUAAAAAACCCCAAGGUCCAGGCGAUGCUCGCCCAACUGCCAUGCAGAUCAUCCACGACGAAAGCCUAGAAGGCCAACUAACAGGCCUCCCAAUCCUAAUCACCGGAGCAUCAGCCGGCAUUGGUGUCGAAACCGCAAAAGCCCUCUUCCCCACCGGCGCGACCCUCUAUCUAACAGCCUGCGACCUCAACAAAGCCACCCAAGCCCUCGGCAACGAUCUAUCUCCUCCCCACGCCGUCCGUACCUGCGCCUCCAACCUCCUCUCCAAAACCCAAACCCUAAACAUCCUCAUCGCCAACGCCGGCAUCAUGGCCACCCCCGAAGGCCGCACAAAAGACAACAAUGAACUCCAAUUCGGCACCAACUACCUCAGCCUCUUCCUUCUCUUCCUCAUCCUCCGCCCUGCCCUCCUCUCCGCCGCCACUCCCAAACUCCCCUCCCGAGUAAUCCUCCUCUCCUCUAUCGCCCACCGCUCCUCAGAAGUCAACUUCUCCAACAUCAACCUCGACAACGAAUACGAGAAGUGGAAAGCCUACGCCCAAAGCAAAUGCGCUAUGCUCUGGACCGCCAACGAAAUCGACCGUCGCUAUGCAGCUCAGAACCUCCGCGCAUUCAGCGUCCAACCUGGCGGUAUCCAGACCGGUCUGCUGAAACACAUGUCCGAGGAAGAGAAAACCGGACUCACCUCAGACCCAAAACUAGGUCCCCAGAUCAAAAGCCCCGAGCAAGGCGCAGCCACGACACUCUGGGGAGCUAUCUCGAAAUCCCUUCACGGUGUGGGUGGGAGGUAUCUCGAGGACGUACAAAUCGCCAAGCCGUUCGAUGCGAGUGAGGGACACUGGGCGCCGGGGUAUUCUCCGCAUGCUUAUAGCCCAGAGAAGGAGAAGAUGCUGUGGGAGGUUUCGUUGGGGUUGGUUGGUGUUGAUGAGUGA